GUAACAUGUCAAGUUAAGGCAGUUCACCGUGCGCUUAUGCAGAGCAGACAUGGCCGGCCAGCCUGCGAGGCACAUUCCCUGAGCUGGGAAUUUGUUUGUUGCUGUUGUUGUUCGUUGAAUGAACCGGCAGUCUGUGUUGCAACGAGGCUUAUUAGUCACUUUCAGUGGAAGGAGAGCUACAUUUAGGGGAAGGCAUCCGGAUUGUGGGUGGAUGAGAGGGGGUAGUUAUAAAAACCAGAAAGCCAAGAGGCUAGCUAGACGGGAGUCGGAAAAUGGGGAACUGCCUGAAAUCCCCAACUUCGGAUGAUAUCACCCUGCUGGCCGAAUCCCAGGCGGACAGAGACGGACAUGCAGGUGACACGGAGCAGGACCGGGAGCCACUUCCGCCAUACCAGGUGCCUGUGUUCUACCCCAUGACUGGCCAGACGCUGCUGGCCAGCCAGCUGACGGAGGACGAGCAGGUGCGGAUCGCCAAGUGGAUCGGCCUCCUCCAGCACCUGCCCCGGGGGGUGUACAACGUCUCCGGGGACAGCUCCCAGAGGAUCAGAGAGUGUGUGAUCUGCAUGAUAGACUUUACUUAUGGAGACCCGAUCCGCUUGCUGCCCUGCAUGCACAUCUACCACGUGGACUGCAUCGACGACUGGCUGACACGCUCCUUCACCUGUCCGUCCUGCAUGGAGCCUGUGGACGUGGCGCUGCUCACCUCCUAUGAGAACAGCUGACACCCUCCCUCGCUCUUGUGUAACCAUGCCCCCCCCGAGGAAUACCCAAUCCCCCAUGUCCUAAGGAGGCGGUUUCAAAUGUAGCUUUCGGAAUCCUCCAAGACCCCGCCUUCCUGGAGAGAAGCGGGGCUUUGUGAUGUCACUCUCCCACAGACCUGCUGCUCAGGAUGUCCUGCUAGGAAGGGGAGGAGCCAGUGUCCAUGACUGACAGAUGCAGCCACAAUUAGUAGCACUACUGAUGAUCUCUGAAUAAGGGGGAGUGUCGGCGCUUCUUAGCUUCUCGCUUGGUCUGGCUGUGUCCAGUGUUGGGGGGGAUGUUCGAUUAGCUUCCCAGCACAGCUGACUUCUCCAGAGGGUCUGUUGUGAAAAAGGGCUCGAAUUGUUUACAAACUAAAUAUGCAUCUGUGUCUCAGACGAUGAGUAUUAGCACAUUCAUUUGUAUUAUAUAGAGAAACAUGCACUUUUGUCUGGACACUAAAGCCACAUUUGUAUUAAGAAGAUUUGUUUGUAAAACGAAUACUUGUCACAUUGUGGUAUGAGGGUUUUAAUGGUGCUUAUCACUGUGUUACCUAAAAUUGUUGUUGGA